GUGCCGCGCAUCUGUCGGCUGCCGCGCGCGGCAAGCUAAUCCAUGGAUCUGCACUACGGCGCCCGGGUCGGGGAGGCCAUGGCGGUGGGCGAGGCGGCCUACAUCGCCACCGCGGGCGCCGGCGUCGGCGCCGGACCCUCCACCGUGGUAGACGUUGUGACUCGCGAGUCGGCAGCGCAGGCGCUGGGCACGGUGGUGCAGCUGCACUUCGACAAGACGGUGGAGAAGAAGCGCGCCGCCGACGCGCAGAAGCAGGAGCUGUGGCGCCUCUUCCUGGCCUUCUUCUUCCUGCUGGCGCUGGUCCUGUCGGGCGUCGCCGCCUCCCCGCCCGCGCGCCUCCAGUGCCGCCACCUCUGGGCGCCCGCGGGCCUGCUCUCGCUCGCGCACCUCGCCUUCUACGCCGCCGUCGCGCACCACCUCCGCUGCCUCAACGGCUUCCGCUACCAGCGCCGAUGCCACAAGCUCACGCUCGCGCUCGCCGCCGACAGGCUCAGGAUGCUCAAGUCCGCGGCCGAUGUCGUCCCGGCCGCAGACGUCGAGGUGCCGUACCAGGAGCCGCCCGAGGCGUACCUCGCCAAGUUCAGGCGGAGCUGGGCCAUCCACUUUGCCUUCCUCAUCACCACAUUCGCAUUCUGCGUCGCCGCCUCCGUCGCAAUCCUCUGCUUCUAGUACCCUUCUAUGGCUGCUGCUUCUAGUUUUUGGAUCGAUCUGUCUAGGAGAUCCUGGAUCCAUCUCUCUGCAUAGCAUAAUGCAUCAGUUGAAUAGAGUCUGAGACGAUGGCAUUUCAGUUUCAGAGGAGAAUCCAGAUUACCUACCAUCGUUUCUUUUCUUUAUUAUAAGUAGCACUUCUAGGAGCUGCACUAGCUAUGAAAUGAAAAGAGAGGUCAAGAUUCUCCUCU